CGAGUACUUCCGGUGAAAAUACAAUCACAUGGGCUGUAAAUCUCUCAAGAAGGUUCCGUCAUGACGAGGUGGGCGAGAGCCAAUAACAUCCACAAACACAAGCCGGCGGAGGCCACUCCAUGGACUCAGCUGAGAGGAGGAGGAGGAGGAGGAGGAGGAGGAGGUCACCAUUCAGGCGGCUCUAGACAUGGACCCCAGAGGGACCAUCAGAGGGACCAUCAGAGGGACCAUCAGAGGGACCAUCUGAGAGGGACUUAUCCCGGCGGAUCAGCUGUGAAGAAACCAAACCGUCCCAAGAAGGACUACGUGAGUGAGGACGUGAACGGCUUCCUGGAGUUCCUCCAGCAGAGCGGACGGCCGCUGCCUCGAGGGGGCGCAGGAGGAAGGGAGCUCCGGGAGGAGGUGGAGACGGCUCUGAAGAAAGACAGGAGGAGAGAGGACAGACGGGUGAAGAGGCAGAACGACAAGAAGAGCAACAUGCUGUGCUUUAACUGCAGGAAGCCCGGUCACGGAUUGGCCGACUGUCCGGAGGCCGACCGCGACGAGGAGAUGGGCCGAGGCAUCUGUUACCGCUGCGGCUCCACCGAGCACGAGAUCCACAAGUGCAGAGCCAAAGUGGACCCGGCUCUGGGAGAACAUCCGUACGCUAAGUGCUUCAUCUGCGGUCAGACCGGACAUGUGUCCCGAGGCUGUCCAGAUAAUCCUAAAGGGCUCUACGCUCAAGGAGGUUCCUGUCGUGUUUGUGGUUCAGUGGAACAUUUUCAGAAGGAUUGUCCUGAACAUCAGGCUGCCUCUAACUCGCUGACGGUUCCCUGGUUGUCCAACAACAUGAGUGCCGACCACGAAGACGUUCACGUCCCGCUGAAGAAACCCAAACCCAAAGAAACCAAAGUGGUGAAGUUCUGACCUCUGCUGGACUCGAACACGCGGACUGAAUGCCGCUCACUUUCUCACUCUGUGUAUUUAAGAGAAACUGUUAAUAAAGUUUUUCUUCUGU